AUGGCUAAACAUCCCAAUGUGGAAGUCAGUGUCUUCUUACCUCGGUGUAGUGAAGAGGACAAGAAAGAUGCUGAUAGGUACGAUGUUAAACUCAUUGAAGCAGUUCAACUGGGUGGUUUUGAACCAGUUCUUUGGCUAACCUAUGUACCUGAAGGCCAUGCUAUGGAUUGCGUUCUAGGCCAUGGAGUAGUUCUUGGUCGGCAGAUUCAACUUAUAAAGAAAAAUCCAAGUUACAAUGAUUGCAAAUGGAUUCAAGUUGUCCAUACUGCCCCUGAAGAAAUUGGCAUGUACAAAAGCAUUUCUGAAGGUCAAAAAAAGCAGCAAACAGAAAUAGAAUUAUGUGAAAUGGCAGAUCAAGUUGUAACAAUUGGCCCCAAGCUAACUGAUGCAUAUAAGUACCAACUCAGAACACAAGAUGUUUUUAACCUGACACCAAGCAUUUUCACCGAAUUUUUAGAAGUACAGCCAGCAAGUGACGGAAGAAGAACAUUUUGCGUCUUGGUAAUCGAGAGUGGUGAUAGCGAGGAUUUUUAUGUCAAGGGGUACGACCUUGCAGCGAAAGCUAUUGCUGACCUAAAGGAUAAAUCUUACCAACUCAAGUUUGCUUCCAAACAGAGAGGGAAAGAAGAUGAAUUGGCAGACAAGUUACUUCAGUGUGGCAUUGGUCGUAAUCAGCUAAUUAUCUGCAGCUUAGAUGAAGGCAGGGUAACAUUAGCAAAGUUAUUCUCUGUGGUGGAUAUUGCCAUAUUGCCCUCAAAAACUGAGGGAUUUGGGUUGAGCGCUCUUCAGGCCCUAUCCGCUGGUCUUCCAGUACUUGUCAGUGGUAACUCAGGAAUUGCAGAAGCCUUAAAGGAGGUGUCUAAUGGGUCAGAGUGUAUAGUGGAUUCAGAGGAACCUGCAGACUGGGCCAGAGCUAUAAAGGCUGUGCGUAACAAAAAAAGAAGUGUACGACUUGCAGAGGCUGAGUCUCUUCGUGAAAAUUAUUUGCAGCAGUUCAGCUGGGAGAAGCCUUGUGAUUCCCUUGUUGAAAAGAUGCACAAUCUUGCAUUUGGUAAGUUUUCUCAUCUUGCAUCAGAGAUGCAGAAGUUUUAA